AUGCACCUAUACUAUUUCCCACUUUUAUUUUUUAUUUUCUUUAUUAUUUUAAAUAGUAUUGAGGCUCCGAACACAAAAUCAAAAAAAGCAAAAACUUCUCAAGAUGGAAAUUCUAAUGUUCAGGGCGAAAAAUACGACUUUAAUCAACUCAAUUGGUUUAUUGAGAAAAGCUAUAGACUUAUUUCUUUUGUAUUAAACAACAAAAUAGAUAAAGAAAUUGAAUACUCAAUCAGAUUUUCUAUUUUCCAAUUUCAAGAAAAAUUUGAUUAUUUUAUGAAAAUUAUUGCAAAAAAAGGAAAGAUUUUACCAAUAUAUUUGGAUCGAAUUAUUUAUACUCCAGAAUAUUUAAAAAAUAUUGCAAAAAUUAUGGCGACAUUUGAAACAAAUAAACCAUUUAAUUUAGAAAAUUUUAUUAAAACAAUAAAUUUUCACAAGGAGGGAAUAAAGGAAAAUGGAGUUAUUUCAAUGAAAAAAUUACCACCGUUUAUGGUACUGGAUAAAGUAAGCAUUUGUUUAGUAAUUUACUUAUAA